CGAAAGUCAAGCUACUACGACGGAUGCCACUGGUCCUGAGGAUGCUGUACAGCACUCACCCGAACCUGUGACUGAGGAGAAAAAUGAAGAUUCGGAGGAUCCGGUGACUCUACCAUCAAACGAAGUUGAUGCCACGGAGACCCCGAAAUCUGACUCGGUCGAAGAUGCUUCUGUUACUCCCAAGGAAUCAGCAGAAGAGAACGAACCAGUCGCAGACAUUAUGGCCAAAGAAGCAGCAGAGCAACUGCAGCCCGAAGCGAGUCCGGAGACGGAUGCGCACCCUUCUGCCCCAGAAGUUGAUCCCCAGCCUGUGACCACGACUGCUGAACAGGAGAGUGGCUCCUCUAAGUCCAAGAAGAAAAAGAAGAAGAAGAAGAAAAGCAUGACUGCAGAGGCAAACGAAGGUACUGGUGCAGAUGAUGGCCCAAGCGAGCCAGUUACGCCAAUCGAACCCGGUACUCCUGCAGAGCCUGAGCUAUCUACCGAGCCUGGAACCCCAAUCGAACCUCAAACGCCGCUUGAACCUGAGGCCGCACUUGAACCUGAAACCGUGGUUGAGCCUGAUACACCUGUCGACGCUACAGUCCCUGCUCUGCAUGAAUCCGAGGUAGUCGCUCCACAACCAGAAGAUCCCGAGAAGGACGCCCCUCCCAUGUCAGCCAAAGCGAGGAAGAAGGCAAAGAAAGACAAGAAACGCCAGUCCAAGAGCCUAGCCGAUGCUACGGAGCCUGCUGACGAGACUCGCCAUUCGAGCGACACUCCAGUGCCCAGCGAAACGAAGACCGCGGAACAAUCGCUCGAAACGGCAAACAUACCUGCUGAAGAUGACGGUAAAGACAAUCAGUCCCACGGCACCGAAAACCACGGCGAGAACGAUAAAGAUCUGAUUUGGACUGAUGACAUGGUAUCUCCGCAGGUAGAGCAAGAGCAAGCGACUUCUUUCGCUCAUCCACCCCAACCCGAGCAUGAGAAAAGUGAAGACGACCCAGUUUCCGUUCCCUCCGAUGAAGUACUCAAACCCGUUGACUUGGAUGCCAAUAACUUAAGCCAAGAUGAACCUUUAGCAAUUAGCGAGCCGGAGGAGUCGGGUGAUGCGCAGGGAAGAUCAGAGACGCGGCCCGCUGAAGAUAUGGUCAAGCCUGACGAUGAAACUGGGCAAACGUCAGUUGGGGAGCAAGGAGAGUCCAGCACCGACCGAAAUGUGAUCGAAGAUGUCUCUAAGGAUGUUGUAAAGGAGACAGAGCAGGCGCCGAUUAUGGAGGACGCUGAGCACGAGGGUGAGCAGCUUGUCAAAAAGGAAGAGUUGCUUAGCGUCAGUCCGGAAAAGGAGUUGGCGGAUGAGGCUACGGAGACGCGUGUAGGAGAAGUCAUCGAAGCCCCGGAUGCCAUGCAGCAAGGAGAGUCCAUCGAGGGGGUAGUUGCGAUGGAUGAUUAUACGACCAAUGUACCAUCAAAGAAAAAGAGCAAAAAAGAAAAGAAGAAAAAGCGCCAGGCAGAGCAGGCAGCAAGCCAGGAAGAAACCGAACAGGGUACAGCAGUUCAGGGAAACGAGCAAGCAACAGCUACAGAUAUUCCCGACGAGCUACCCAUGGAAACCGCACCUCCCAGUACUGAAUCAGGCCCUGACGCAUCCCUUAUGCCAGCCGAGUCGCCAAAGGACGAGGAGGAGCCAGCAGCACACGAUUUUGAAAUAGCUGCCCCUGUCGAGAGUCACGGAGAGGAAGCUGAACAGCCAAAUGAUGUCCCAGUUGAAUCAAAGCUUGAUACAGGUGAUCAGCAGCUGGAUAAUACAACAACUGUUCAGGUGGAGAAAGACACCCCUGAGGAACAUGCUAUUCCCGAAGGUGUCACUCCGGAGGCUGCCGAAGAAACCGCAGUAGAUGUUGGGGAACCCCUUGCAGAGCCAGUCUCUAAGACGAAGAAAAACAAGAAAAAGAAGAAGAAGGCGUUGAGUCAGGCGAAAGAUGAGACUGAGCCUCAUGAGGUAACUGAACCGCAGGUCGAGAGCGAAGCAGUGCCGGACAAUGAGCUGGUCGGCCAACAGGGAGUGACAGAGGCAACUCUCGAGCAGGCUUUGGAACCCACAGCAGACAAGAACAGCUUGGAUGUCGUGCAAGAUGACGCAAACUUGAACGACUUUGUUGAUGAACCAGCUCCUUCGGGUGACAAGGCUCUCGAGUCAGCCGCAGAAGCACCAAAAGGACCUACACUGGCGUCAGAGCAGUCCCUUCAAGACAACAUGGUCAGGGACGAAGACAAUACCAACUCAUUUGCUGCGGAAGCAACAGAAGCCAUUCCGAGUGAUGUGACCCAGGAGAAGCCCUUGGAGGAGGCAGUCCUCACUCGUAAAGAAUCCAAGAAGAAAAAGAAGAAGGCGAAGAAACAGGCCAGAGAUGAGCAAAACAGUCCCACGCUUGCACCGACUGAAGGGGCUGUUACCGGUGACGAGGGUUUGACGUGGACAGAUACUCUUGAUUCCAUCCGUCCUGCCGCCGAAGAACUAAGCAACGCCGUCGAAGAAAACCAAUUGACAACUCCCACCUUGCAGGAGGGUGGAGACGAGGAAGAGCACCAGGCCCCACAGGCUGAGGAAGAACCAGUCCGCAGCGCAGAAGAGUUUGAUGAGCCCCGAGAGCUGUCUACUGCAGAGAGACAAGAUAUGGUUGUCCAGCAAGAACCAGAAACGACCAAUGCAGAACAGGAGACCGAGACACUAACAGCAAAGCACGACCUUGGGAUGUCUGAAGAGUUGUCUGAGAAGUUCCCGGAACGACAGGAGGCACCAGCUCCCCUAACGAAGAAGUUGUCCAAGAAGGAACGCAGACAGGCCAAGCAAAGAGCUGAGCAAGUGCUUGUAGAGUCUGAUAGAGGGCAGCAGCCAGAUGUUGACGCUGGUGCUUCGGCGGACCAGAACCUGGUCCAGCAGCAAGUGACUGAAGCACCAGACGUGCUGGCUGCUGAACAGGCUACGUUGGACGAUGUCUCUCCAGCAUUACUCUCUGGGCAAGAAGAGAAGCGUCUGGAAAGCCAAACCCUCAAUGUCAAGAACCCAGAAGACUGGGAGAAAAGCGAAGUCGAUGCUACCGAACGAUCACCCGAUUCCUCACCCGAAGCUCGUGCUGUCCCGUUCGAGCCAGGCAUUGCAGAUUUUGACGAGAACGCAAUCCCGGAAGGGGUGAUCCGACACCCAAGCGCAUCAGCCGCGGCAGGGAAAACGACAGUCAGAGCAUUUCAGCAAACCCGAGGCGACAUACAAGCUCCCUCUGAAGCAACUGCUGUUCCGCCAAUUUCACCCUCUACAGCACUCGAUGUAGAACCCUCUAUCUACGCAAAGACUAGCAGCGAAUCCCUCGGUUCGGAGUCGCAGAAGCAAAGCAAGGUUGCCAGCAUCUUUCCUCAACUGGAACGGGGGUUUUUUCGUCGACCAGCUCUAGUUGAGCCGUCCGAGUCAGCAAAAGAUGGGGCUGAGGAAGAGACUAUUGACAAGGAAGCAAUUCGCGACAGCGCGAUAGUCUUGGAGGCGCCCAUUAACACGGCCGACUCCCCGUCUUCGGGGCAGGACGAUGCCAAAAUUGCUACGGAACCUGCUGAAGCAGCUGAGUCUACACAACUGGAGACUGGAUUGCACCCUUCUCCAAACGAGCCUGUGAUCGAAGUUGAAGCAGAUACUUCGUAUAAUGUUUCUGUGCUUUCGGACGGACCGGAAGAGAAGUCUAGACAAAUUGACAUACGGUGGGAAGAACAAAAGGACAAGGAGAUUCCCAAGGAAGUUGAAGCCGAAACCGCAGAGCCUAGCCCUUCUUCCCACCACGAGGCUCCACUAUACGCCCCGUCUCCCGUGCAUGAGCGACAGUCGGUACUCGUUCGGUCAGGAUCCCCAUCCGGUAAAGAGAUUGGACAAGAAACGUCACGCUCUAGCCCAACUUGUGAGCUACGACGUAGCCCGUCAAUCCACGGUCGAUCUAACCAAACGCGGCGGCCGUGGUCAUUGGAGGUCGACCAAAACUCUCAGCCACGUACGCCCUCGCCGCAGCCGACAGGGGUGGAUCGAGAGGCAGUCUCCCCGCCGCGGACACCAUUGCAAACCAUCGAGGAGGAUGAGCCAAGGGGUCGAACGGAGAGAUCCACCGGUUCAAGAACCGUGGGUCACGGACGCGGCACGCCCCGUCUGGAGAUGAAGCCCGAACAUGUGCUUCCUCGCCCCGAAACCCCGACCCGGAAGUUUACUGACAAUGCGUUGGCCCGUCAGGCCUGGCCAACACCGGAUAAAGAAACGCCGUUUGACGAUGUCGAUGUCAAGAAGCGUAGCCCUGAGGGUCAGCUGGUGGACGGUAGAUGGCCGGCUGAGGUGCUCAAGACGCCGGAACAAGACAAGCCAAUUCUACGGCCCAGCAGCAGCAUCCGAGGAGUCAAGAGCAUGCACAACAUGACGCCGAACCUCGAGCAGACGCCGACUCCUCGAUCGCUGCGACGCAAUCAUCGCACUGCCAGCGGAGAUUUGCGGGCGGCAGCCACCACUCAGGCGCAGGAGAGCGACGACCAAUCAGAGCGCAAGCCCCAGCCUCCCGCUUCUUCAGCCUCGGACCUCAACCUCGAGCGCAUCGCCUCUUCUUCCUCCUACGACCCCGUCACCGACAAGGGCAAGCGUCCCCUGCGUAAUAUGACGGACGUUUAUGAGGGUUGGGGUGAGACGCCCAGCUCGCCCCGGUCGCCUAGCCGACCGCCCAGCAUUCGGCACCGUCGAAGUAUGCAACAUCUCCAAGAACUCGAGUCUCGUCUCGACCGCCUUAUUUCGGAAAAUCGUCUUCUCGCCGCCGCUCGUGAGGAAGCUGAAGAUAAACUCCGCAAAACCUCCGUCGCCCGACGCAAGAGUGACCAUGCCCUCAACAGCCGCGACGCCGAUCUGCGGGACAGGGAUGCCGAAGUGGAACAAUUGAAGAGCUCGCUGGAGUGGUUGCAGAAAGAAGUAGCCCGUCUGACCGAAGAAAAUGCCGGGCUCACGACGACGAGCUCCAACCUCACUGCCACUCAUGCGCAGGAAGUCCAAGUUAUGCAGGAGACGUUCGAUCGCCAAGUCGAUGCGUUGCGCUCGGAGAACCAACAACUGUCGGCAGAAAUGCACGAUCGGGUGCGACAAGAAGUGGAGACGGCAUUGGCCCAGAAGGAUAUGGAGCUACGACGGCUACGGGAGGAAUUGGAGAAUGCUCGCGACAAGGUGAAACAACUACAGCAACAGAUCGCGGCAGCCAUGCAGGACGACGUCUUGGUCUUCCGCGACGAGGAUUAUUUCGAUGCUGCUUGCCAAAAGCUAUGUGGUCAUGUACAGCAAUGGGUCCUCCGUUUCUCCAAGCAUUCCGACCACCGUCGCUGCCGCAAGCUCAGCGAUCUGCAGGAUGAAAAGAUUGCCGACCGGUUCGACAACGCCAUCCUGGACGGUUCCGAUGUAGACAGCUACCUCGGCGAUCGAGUUCGUCGUCGUGAUGUAUUCAUGUCUGUUGUCAUGACUAUGGUAUGGGAGUUUAUCUUCACACGAUACCUAUUCGGCAUGGAUCGUGAGCAACGACAGAAGCUCAAGUCUCUGGAGAAACAACUAGCCGACAUUGGCCCACGCAGUGCUAUCCACCGGUGGCGCGCCACUACUCUGACUCUGCUCUCGAAACGGCCAACCUUCUCGAAGCAGCGUGAGAGUGAUACUGAAGCUGUCGCCUUGGAGAUCUUUGACACUCUGUCACGCCUCCUCCCGCCACCUACCAAUGUCGAGGCCCAGCUUCUGGACUCGCUCCGCAAGGUGCUCCGUGUCGCGGUCCACCUGUCGAUUGAGAUGCGCACCCAGCUGGCAGAAUACAUUAUGCUACCGCCACUGCAGCCCGAGUAUGACACCAAUGGUGAUCUUGCUCGCCAGGUCUACUUCAACGCCUCCUUGAUGAAUGAGCGCAGUGGAGAGACCACGUCAAAUGAAGAGCUGGAAACACAGCAAGCGGUAGUCCGGGUUGUUCUGUUCCCGUUGGUGGUGAAGAAGGGCAAUGACCGGGGAGAAGGCGACGAUGAGGUGGUCGUCUGCCCGGCCCAAGUGCUCAUUGCUAGACCCAACAAGGACAAGAAGGUGGUGAAGAUGCUCAGCGGCGACCGCAUGUCCCUGGAUGCCACGAGAUCGGUCCACAGCGUCGCCCCGUCGUCAACCAUGGACAUGAGCAAUGUGAUCUGAGGCGUCACACUCAGACCAGAAUAUGUCUCAUAGUCUACUAGGAGACGACGACUGCACAAUUUGCUGGGAGUCUGAUCCAUCCUACUUUGCGGGUUGUUAUGGUUUUGUUUAUUCUUUCGCGUUGGUUAGCACGGGAGGCGUCAGGACGGAUGGAUGAUGAGAGCCGGAAUCCAACCCGGUUCAAAAAAGGUAAUGAAUAAUGCUUGGAAGGCUACUUGGAGCGUUUGCUGUGCUUUCAAUUAUAUCCCCUGUCUGGUUGCUUUGAUACUUUUUGUCUAUUUUCUGUUUCAUAAUAUUCUCAUUUCUUGUCUCAUAUUGAUGAUGUCUAUGAUGAUGCCCGAUAUCUAGAGCUGACGAUAUGACGGCCUUGAUUGCUACUUUGAAGUUAUGCCUUUUAUUUAUUUUAUUUUUCCCCAUGUUGUUAAUGUAACAUUGUGGUGUCUAAUAUGUAUGACUGUAUGUAGUAUGAUGACAAUGAGACCAUUGCAGGCUCUGAAGAA